AUGAACAUUAUCCAAGCCAAGAAGCGCCUCGUUGGCACCCACGAAACAACAAACCCCAACCUUCUCCCUCGCAUCUCGCGGAGGGCCUCACCCGACGCUCCGGACGGAUACACUCCAGCCCCGGUCCCCUGUCCCAAUCCCCGCCCCUCCAUCCGCCCGGCCACCCUCUCUCCGAACGAGACGUCAUGGCUCUCCACGCGAAAGGAUCACACUUUAACCAGCCUCGAGUCCUUCCUACAAAGAGUUCAAAUCGAAAACUUCAACGCUACAACGUUCCUCAACGAUGUCAACGGCAUGGACCCCUCAGCGCUGCCGACGCUAGGAAUCGCUGUUAGCGGAGGCGGGUACAGAGCCCUGAUGAACGGCGCAGGUGUUCUCAGUGCCUUUGACGAGCGGAGUAGCGGGUCGACGGACGAAAGCGGAGUCGGCGGGGUUCUUCAGGCGGCGACGUAUUUGUCCGGUUUGAGUGGUGGGAGCUGGCUGGUGGGCAGUGUGUACGUGCAGAACUUUAGUACUGUCGAGGGGAUCUUAGAUGGAGAUGCCACUCCGGGGAUAUGGCAGUUUGAUCAGUCGAUAUUCCAGGGUCCGGAUGGCCUUCGUAGGCUCGAGUAUUACCAGGCGAUGCGGGAUAGUGUCUCGGAUAAGCAGGACGCAGGGUUUAACACGACUAUAACAGAUCUCUGGGGUAGAGCUUUAUCUUACCAACUGGUAAAUCCGACGGACGGUGGCCCAGCAUACACCUACUCUUCAAUCGCAAACGACGGCUACUUCGCCUCAGGCGAAGCUCCCCUCCCCAUCAUCGUCGCCGUCGAGCGAAGCCCAGGCCAACUAAACGUAACCCUCGCCUCAACCGUCAUCGAAUUCAACCCCUGGGAAAUGGGUUCUCACGACAGAAACCUAUCCGCGUUCGCACCCCUACGCUACGUAGGCUCGUCCUUCACCAACGGCUCCAUACCCAGCAAUGGCUCCUGCGUUCGCGGUUACGACAACGUUGGCUUCACGAUGGGCACGAGCUCCAGCCUCUUCAACGCCGCCUUUCUCCAAAUUGAAAAGGAUGAUUCUGAUGGCCGUCUCACAGCCUUUAUCGAGGAUAGGCUGCGCACGCUUGGCGAAGAAAAUAGGGACGUGGCGAGGUGGCCUAAUCCGUUCUGGAAGUCCUCCCUGACGACGGAGAACUCCGAAGAACCCUUUCUUACACUCGUAGACGGUGGGUUGGCCGGUGAGAAUAUCCCCAUCCACCCCUUGCUCUGGAGGGAACGGAACGUGGACGUCAUCAUCGCAGUUGACUCGUCGGCUGACACGACGGAAAACUGGCCGAAUGGGACAUCCCUCGUGGCGACGUACCAGCGAAGCCGGGAGGUUGGAAACUACGCCUCCGUGCCGUUUCCCGAAGUUCCUGGCCAGAAUACCUUUAUCAACAAAGGCUUGAAUAGCAAGCCUACCUUCUUCGGAUGCCCUCCACCUUACUUUAACGGUACAGUCCAGCAGGGAACGCCACUGGUGGUGUAUUUGCCUAACGCGCCUUACUCGACCUUUUCCAACGUCUCGACGUUCAACAUGUCCUACACGGACUCUGAGCGAGAUGACAUUGUAGAAAACGGACGGAAUGUGGCAACGCUGGGACAGGGCAAGCUAGACAACCAAUGGCCGACAUGCCUAGGCUGUGCGAUUCUGGCAAAAAGCCUCGAGAGACAAGGAAUGGAUCUACCGGCGGAGUGUGGAGAUUGCUUCAGUAGGCACUGUUGGGAUGGACAAGUCGAUGACUCGACACCAGAGAGCUAUGAGCCAGGGUUGAUCAUGAGUAGAGGAGUGAAAGGGCAAGUUUGGGCUAGAGAGUGGAUGCUGAUCGUGUUGGGGUUUUGGGCUAUCAUGAGGGUGUGCGGAUGA